AAUGCGAGACCAAUCGAUUGAGAAACGUACACGUCUAUCCGGUCUCGCGCUCCUGGUGUCUUUCACUAUUUUGAAUCUAUGCUGUCCGUCCUUUCAUUACUACAAAGAGAAACACACUCAGCUAGAAAGAGAGAAAAUCCCAAGACAAGAGAGUAAAUUUCCGGUCAUUUCUUGCAAUGGCCUUCAUAUCUUUCGUCGGAAGGGUUGUCUUCGUCUCUGUCUUCGUCCUAUCUGCGUACCAAGAGUUCAAUGAAUUUGGUGUUGAUGGUGGGCGAGCAGCAAAGUCUUUGAGGCCAAAGUUCGACGUUUUCGCCAAGCAUAUUACGUCCCACACUGGAUAUGAAUUACCACAUGUAGAGACGAAAAAUUUAAUCUUGGGUGCCAUGAUUAUGAAGGGACUCGGAAGCCUGUUGUUCAUUUUUGGCAGCUCUCUUGGAGCUUUUAUCCUUCUUCUGUAUCAGGUAAUUGCGAUCACCAUCUUAUACGACUUCUAUAACUACGAUGCUGAUAAGAAACAAUUUGUUGAGCUCUUCGUGAAUUUCACGCAGGGUUUGGCACUUCUCGGUGCUCUGCUCUUUUUCAUCGGGAUGAAAAACUCAAUAUCAAGAAGAUCGUCUAAGAAGAAGGUGGCUCCUAAAGUGAAAAUAACUUGAGAGGAUAUUGAAGUUCGGUUUUGAUAACGGCGACAAUAUUCCUUAUUAUUGUUCGUGGCAGUUUUUGUAAGAAUGUAUCAUUUGCAGCACUGAUGUGCCUUAAUAUGAUUUAUUGUCCUAUUUAACAUGUUUAACUUAAAGCCUAAGUUUAAGAGAAUUCCUUUUGUAAGUCUUGAAAUUCAGAAAUUAAUCGUAGACAAAAGAGAGACUGGCUUUAUAUUUC